GGUUGCCUGUAUUUGGCGCAGCUAAUGGGUUGCGAUGGUGCGAACCAAAGUGCGAAACUAAAUAUUUUUUUUUUGUGGCACAAGGAAUGAUUUCCGCAACAUUGAAAGUGAGGAAGAGGAAUGUGACCAGGGGGUGUUGUAGAAGAGUUUUGUGCGAAAUUGCAUAAUGCGUUUCGUACAAUAUCACCAAAUGAAACACUUUUUUACAGUUAUUAACAUAAAAAAUCUUGUCAAUUUUUCUUCAUACAAUAAUGAUACUAAUAAUAAUAAGUGAUAAAAACUUGAAAAAACUUUGUUGACAACGAAAGACUUGACAACAUAGUCUAACCUCACUUUUCUGUUGACAUAACCUCACAUGACAUUGGGCCCUUUUCAUUUCAAAAUUACCGUAAAAAUAUAAACAAAAGCCAUGUGUUGUAACGCUCCAUCAUUUUUCAUAAUUCUUUACGUCACAGCAGUGUAUUUUUUCGGAAUUUAUCUUAAUUUUAUCUCAUUUCAAGAUUACUUCGAAUGCUAUGCUUGUAAAGAACUGAAUUUCAGACAGCAGGACUAUGAUUAUAUUGUAGUUGGUAGCGGCUCUGCAGGAAGUAUUGUGGCUCGGAGGUUGGCCGAAAACAAGAAUCUAAAAGUACUCCUUGUUGAAGCUGGAAGCAGCGGAGGCGGUAUCUUGCAAAUUCCAGCCGUUGGCGUGAUGCUACAAAAAUCUUCUUUUGAUUGGGGAUAUCGUACUGUGCCUCAAAAGCAGGCGUGUUUGGGCCUUGAUGACCAAGUGAGCAUUUGGCCGAUGGGAAAAAUUUUGGGAGGUACCGCUAUGUUGAACAAUAUGAUUUAUGUAAGGGGACACCCUGAUGAUUUUGCUAGAUGGUUCCGAGAUACCUGUAAUUAUGACUACUCCAUUGACAUACUUCCAUAUUUUGAAAAGUUAGAAAACAAUGGAACUAAUAAGCACAAGGGUUCAGUGCCUAUAAGUGAUCUUCCAUAUAAAUCUAAUGUUUCAGAUUAUUUCCUACAAGCUGGAAUUUGUCUAGGAUUUGGUAUUUCCGAUGGAGUCAAUGCAGAACCUGGUUUUUCAAGUCCGAAGAUUACAAUCCAAAAGGGUCAACGUUGGACACCAUACCAUCAAUUAGCUAAAAACAGAAAACGUAAUUUGGCCAUUGUUACAAAUGCAUUUGUGGAAAAAGUUCUUUUAAGAGACAAUUUCGAAGCAUAUGGAGUAAAAUAUACCCACAUGGAAGAACCAAUAUUUGCCAAAGCUAAAAAAGGAGUAAUUCUUUCUGCUGGAGUAAUUGGAACACCGAAAAUUCUGAUGUUAUCUGGAAUUGGACCUAAACAACAUUUGGAAAAAAUGAAAAUUAAACCUAAACUCGAUUUACCUGUGGGUGACAACUUACAAGAUCACGUAACGACUGGUCUUGAUUUGCUUACUUUCGACUAUUCCCCAAAUAUAGGAAUUCGUCAGAUGUUGUCACCAUGGUCCAUGCUGAAUUACUUUCUCAGAUCCAGAGGACCUUGGACCACAGUAGGCUGUGAAUCUAUCGGUUUUUUUAAUACUGCAAAGGAAAUUGUACCUGAGUUGCAGUUUAUGAUUUUUCCCCUAGGUGUUACUAUUGAUGAUGGUUAUUAUUUGAGUAGUCUGACAGGCAUAGGUGAAAGACUCUGGAAGAAAUACUUUGCCAAAAUAGACAAACCCUCCUUCACAAUUCUUCCCAUUGUGCUGCACCCUAAAAGUCGAGGAACCGUUCGUUUGAAAAAUAACAACCCCCGCACACCUCCACUAAUUAAUCCUAAUUAUUUAUCAGAUAGUUAUGACAUAGAUAUUCUCAUACAGGGUAUUGAAAUGAUUAAGGAGUUUAUCAACACUCCACCUAUGCAUCGUUUAGGAGUAAAACUCAACCCUAUUAAAUUUCCAGGCUGUGAAAAGUUUGAAUUUGAUACGAGACCUUAUUGGGAGUGUUAUGUUAGACAUUUUACGUUGACUGCGUAUCAUCCUAUAGGUACUUGUAAGAUGGGAGAAGUGGUAGAAACAGACUUUAAAGUAAAGGGGACUAGAAAACUUUAUGUUGUUGAUGGAUCAAUUUUACCAGAUUUGCCAAGUGGAAAUCCAAAUGGUGCCAUAAUGAUGAUGGCUGAAAGGGCCGCCGAGAUUAUUAAACAUCAUUGUUGGAAAACUCAGCGAAAGUGUUGUGCUGCGGAAGUGUUUCAAAAAGAGUGCCAAUGUUAAAUAGUUUUCUUUUUUUUUUUUUAGAAAAAUGUACUUUUUUUGUUAAAUCUAUAUACUUAUACCUACUGA